GGACGCCGAAUAAACACUGCCGAGGCGCUAUCGCGGCGUCGGUAGGGCAAGCGCUCCUCGCGUUUCGCGACUCCAUUCCGUACGCAGGUUCGCUCGGCGGGGGCCUUUGUUCGGCGAAUCCGCUCCGCGUUUUGCGCGCCGCCCAGUCCUCCUCCACUGAACUCCAACCCUCGCGCUCUCUAUCAGCAUCUCAUUCCUGUCUCAAUAUGUCUCAAGAUGGCGGCCAACGCAGGAUCGAUGUUUCAAUAUUGGAAGCGGUUUGACUUACAACAACUACAGAAAGAACUAGAUGCCACCGCCACACAGCUAGCCAACAGACAGGAUGAAAGCGAACAGUCCAGGAAGAAACUCAUCGACCUGAGCCGUGAGUUCAAGAAGAACACACCAGAGGAUCUAAGGAAACAGGUUGCCCCUUUGCUCAAGAGCUUCCAAGGAGAGAUUGAUGCCCUGAGCAAAAGAAGUAAAGAAGCAGAGGCCGCCUUCUUGAACGUGUACAAGAAAUUAAUCGAUGUCCCAGACCCUGUGCCUGUGUUGGAGUUGGCUCAGCAGCUGCAGCUGAAGCUCCAGAGGAUGCACGACAUUGAGACAGAAAAUGCCAAACUUCGUGAGACACUGGAGGACUACAACAAGGAGUUCGCUGAGGUCAAAAACCAGGAGGUGACCAUUAAAUCCCUGAAGGAAAAGAUCCGGGAGUAUGAGCAGUCCCUGAAGAACCAGGCAGAGAACCUUGCCCAGGAGAAAGAGCUGCAGCUACACAAUGACUAUGCAGAGAAGGAGAGGAAACUCCAGGAGAGCCAGGACUCCAUGUCCUCCAAGCUGGAGGAGGCCGAACACAAGGCCCAGUCCCUUCAGACAGUACUUGAAACAACUCAGGCAGAGCUCUUCGAUUUGAAGGCCAAGUAUGACGAGGAGUCCACAGCAAAGGCUGAUGAGAUUGAAAUGGUGAUGACGGAUCUGGAGAGAGCCAACCAGAGAGCAGAUGCAGCCCAGAGAGAGGCAGAGUCGCUGAGAGAGCAGAUGGCUAUGACUAACCAAUCCCUGCAGCUUGCCAGCCACAUCCAAGCUGACCCCGACACGGAGCAGCCGGUAGAAGUGGCGUCCCGCUCCAGUCUGGAGGCGGAGCUAGGGGCCAAAGAAAGGGAGACAGCCCAGCUGGUGGAGGACGUCCAGAGACUGCAGGCCAGCCUGACCAAACUCCGGGAGACCACCAGCUCCCAGAUCACACAGCUGGAGCAGCAACUCAGCACAAAGACGGCCACUCUCAAGGAGCUGGAGGAGAAGUUACAGCAGCAGGCUGACUACGAAGAGGUGAAGAAAGAAUUGAGCAUCCUCAAAUCUAUGGAGUUUGGGCCAUCAGACUCGGCGCAGGACUCAUCGAAACCCCUGGAGGUGUUGUUACUGGAGAAGAACCGCAGUCUCCAGUCUGAGAGCGCUUCUUUGCGCAUCGCCAACACCGAGCUCAGUGGACGCUACGCGGAGCUGCAGCUGGAGUUCUCCUCGGCGGUGCGGACCAGCGCGGAGCAGAAGGAGCUGAUCCUGAAGCUGGAGCAUGACCUGAGCACCGUCCAGUCCAUGACCUCCCUGCCUCGCCCCGACGCGGAGGGGUCGGACCUCAGUAACAUGGCCGACAUCCCCGAGCCCAUCAAAGAGGCCACCGCCCUGUUUACUGCCCCGGGUACCCCGCCUUCCCCCGAGCUGCCUCAAAACCAGAUGGACUCUCUGCUCUCCAUCAUCUCCAGCCAAAGGGAGAGAUUCCGUUCCCGCAACCAGGAGCUGGAGGCUGAGAAUCGCUCCCUGCAGCAGACGAUGCAGGCCCUGCAGAGUGAGCUGGACAGCCUGAGAGCAGACAACAUCAAACUGUAUGAGAAGAUCAAGUUUCUGCAGAGCUACCCUGGCAGAGCCGGAGCUCCUGAUGACACGGUGAUGCGUUACUCAUCCCAGUACGAGGAGAGACUGGAUCCAUUUGCCUCCUUCAGCAAACGAGAGCGUCAACGCAGAUACCAGAGCCUCAGCCCCUGGGAUAAGGCUACUCUCAGUCUGGGUCGCGUGAUUCUAUCCAACAAAAUGGCCAGGACCAUUGCUUUCUUCUACACCCUUUUCCUGCACUGCCUGGUCUUCUUGGUGUUGUACAACACCGCAUGGAGCGAGAGCAUCGGCAGAGACUGCACCGCGUUCUGUGCUAAGAAGUAUUCCGACCACCUUCACCGUUUCCACGAGAAUGGCGACAACCUCUAACCAGCCUCACUGGUAUAAAAGCAUCCCAGUGGGGGCCUUCCAGAAUAAUGGUUUUAAGGUCCUUUCAGGGCAAACAUAUAGAAAGAAAUGACUCUGUAUCACCCAUUUCUAAAAAAAGAAAAAAAGGGAGUGCAGGAGGACAACGCUUAAGUCUUGAAUAAGAAUUUAACCUAAUUUCCCCAAAGCUUUGAUAUUGUUCUUGCAGUAGCUGAUAUUUUCCACUAGGGGGUGAUUUGGGACGUCAUAUGUUUAAUAGCAGGUUGAGCUUUAAUGUAACACUAAAAAAAAAAAAAUCCAGUAUAAAUGUAACACAGGGUUCUCUCUCUAAUAGAAAGAUGAUUUUAGUUUAAUAUUAAAAGGACAAUCAGAUAUUUCUUUAACCUUCAGAUUCAGUCGAACUUGCACCGAAGGGUUGAAUAAUCCGGUCCGGUUAUGUUUUCAUGUGGUUAUAUAGUAAGGGAUUUUGACGAAACGAAGGAAGAGUUUGAAUUGCAUUGUUGGUGACGGGCUAAGCUUAUAAAUUCUGUUUGAUUUAACAGAAUGGUAGUAAAGCACACUUUUAUUGAGUAGUGGUUACCAUGAAGGACGUCAGAUAUACAGUGGUUAAUAUAUAGUAUAUAUAUAUAACUAAUCAAGUUACUACUCUCUAUUCCUCUAAGCUUCCCCUUUCUUUAGUUUAACUGAAAUAGGCGUAACAGUAUCUUUAAGAGGCCAGCGGACCAUAUGCAGUAAAAACACAGCCUGCGUCUUGCCGUAGCGCUCCCCUAGUUGGGGGUCUUCGUCCGUAGGGGACGGUUCGCUCUUCGCCCGACAGAUGAGGCGCCGUAGGUUUUGGGCACCCAGUGAGUUUGCGGUCGUAAAUUGCGCUGAUGAUCACUGCUUAUGGAAGGAAGUGUCCUUCUCUGUCGGUGAUAAAUAACAUGUAAUGUGCAUGCCUACCUUUUCCUUUCAUCCUUUUUUUUUUUUUUUUGACCGGCAUUGCAAAAAUAUACUCCAAAUAAACUAU